AUGCACACCUUCUCCAAGCUUUCGAGCACUAUUCCGUCCGCGUCGUCUUCACCUAAGCAGAAUGUCGGCAAGAAGAACCCUUCGCGUCAACGGCCGAUCAUCCCCUUUAGGAAAAAUGAUCGAAUUUUGUUAGUUGGAGAAGGUGACUUCUCUUUUGCCCGCUCUUUAGUUGACCAACAUUGCUGCAAGAACGUCCUGGCUACAUGCUACGAUUCUGAAGAAGUAUUGUACAGCAAGUACCCCCGGGCUGAACCUAAUGUUCGUGGAAUUCUUAGUGGCGCCCCCAAGAUGAAAGACGAUACCUCGGACUCAAGUAUCGCUAUCGAACUAGAGAGCCAAAACCAAAGUCAAAACCAGGAAUGCUAUCGUGACGAUGAUUAUGAGAGACACGGAGGAAGGGGAGAAAAAGGACUAGAUCAAGACAAACCAAGGCAACGUCGCCGGCCCAAUGUCCUUUUCUCAGUCGACGCUCGGAAACUUGGCCACGCCUCUGGAGGAGGGAAAGAAGUACGCUUCGGAUUCCCUCGCCGGGAACGUAAACGCCCUGCAUGGCAAGAAGCCAAGAGGAGCAGUGGCACCACAACCCUUCCCCCAACCAGAGGUGGACCAUGGGACAUUAUUUGCUUCAAUUUUCCCCAUGUUGGAGGCUUGUCCACCAAUGUAAAUCGACAAGUUCGUGCCAACCAAGAACUUUUGGUUUCCUUUUUCAAAGCUUGCGUACCGCUACUGUCGUCUCAUCCCGAAACGGGUGACAAUGUAAACGAGGAUGGGUGGGAUUUUAGCACCGAAAGCGGAUCUGACUUCGAUGGUGAGGAUAACGCUGAUAUGCCGGGCUCGCAAAAAGACAUGGCACAAGAGAGCAGAAAACUCCGGAAUGAGCCUGGACAGAUCAUAGUCACACUAUUCGAAGGAGAGCCGUACACUCUUUGGAAUAUCAAGGAUCUUGCGCGCCAUGCCGGUCUAAGGGUUGUUACUAGCUUUAGGUUUCCGUGGGCAUCCUACAGAGGAUACUCUCAUGCUCGGACCUUGGGCGAAAUUGAAGCGAAAAAUGGAGGAAGGGGUGGUUGGAGAGGAGAAGAUAGAGAAGCUAGAAUGUACGUAUUUGAGCUAAAGGAAGAGCGCAUAGUGCCUACGAUGGAUUUCCAAUCCUCAAAGAGGGAUAAAACUUCGAGGAAUAAGAGAUCAAGAGCAUCGACUAGUGAUGAUAGUGACUGA